CAUACAAAGAGGCAGUCAAGUGGGGCCACAAGCGGCGAUCAUUCCAUUUUCGUUCGACUGACUGCCAUGGCCGACUCGAUGCCGUUGCCCAAGCCGGAGGUCGCUCCCGUCGCGCCGACGUCGUCGUCCGGCGUCGCCAUCAAGGGCAAGGAGGUCGUCACCAAGUACAUUGACGCCGUCAACUCGACCGACAUCCACCGCAUCAACGGCUACCUCCGCGUAGCCAACAUCUUCUCGGGCGUCGUCUUUGGCAUCAUGGGCAUCUUCGACCUCUUCUCGAUCGACUCGUACAAGAGCUUCCUCGUCGCCGUGUACGUUAUCGUGCUCUCGUCGCUCCUCGUACUCUUCGAGUUCCGCGAGAAGUUCCCGAAGCUCGAGGCCAAGACGAAGGAGAACUUUGGCUUCAUGUUCACGGGCUUUGGCCGCUCCGUCUACAUCAUGAUCAUUGCGUUCUUGUCGUUCUCGCAGGGCACGCUCGGCAUUGUCAUGGGCGUGGGCUUCUUGCUCCUCUCGGCCUUCAACUUUUUCAUCAUGUGGAACCACCCCGGCUACCACCAGGUCAUGCGUGCGCCCAACAACACCACGUACGAAAAGACCGCAGAGGCGUCCUCGACGGCCACCGAGGUGUACGUCCCGACCGCAGCGUCGAUCGCCGUCUAAGCGCAGGCGCGCUUAACCUAAUGCUAUCCACUGCGAGAUAACAACCAUACAAACUUGCAGUCUCGUGGUGUUGGUGAUUCGUCUCGUGGUCCUCGUCUUC